AUGCCGUCCGCUCCUUCACCUCCGUAUCAUCCCAAGCGCGCGAGGGCAUCGCUGGACGAACGCCCCAGCAGCAGUUCUGGACUCGGAUACAGCCAACCUUCUUCGAGACACAACGACUACGACAAGCGUCGGUCAAGAGACGACCUCCUCAUCGGGCUCAUGACAACUGAGAAGCGGGAGCAGGCACAGCAACAGUAUCGUCUUCAAGAACACCAUCGUCGACAGCAGCAGCAGCAGCAGCAACGGUAUAGGUCGUUCCACGUGCCCAUUCGGGGCGGACCGCAGCAGGCACAGGUGUCACCACCAGCACCCGGGCUCGCGCAGGGCAGCUUCUCAUCCCAAGGAUCGACUGCGCCAAUUGUGGACUCACGAGGUGUCGGCGGCGCGGGCGCCGUUGCCAUCGGCAUGGCGUUGGGGAGCCCGUCGCAUCCACCGCCAGGCGCAGGCUGGAUACCCAGACCGGACAAGAGUGCCGCUGCAACGACAUGGACACCAACUGGACCUCGACCCGCGGUAGCAACGCCCGUAGAAGAGGCGACGCCCAAGAAGAGUCGCAAAUGGGGGCUCUUCCGCAGCAAAUCCAAGUCCAAGAAGAUGGACAACGCUUCACCACCGCAGACCUUGGACAGGUCGCCAGCAACGGCGAGGCCCAAUGUCUUGCGAAAUGACACCGUCGAUGCACCUUCAUCCAGGCCAGCCCCUCAAGUCGUCCGAGCACAGACCGCACCAGUGAUGGCGAGCAAUAGACGACCUCAGCCUUCUCAGCCUGCUCAGACACACCGCCAGAGUCCCAGACCGUCACCUAGACAUGCCCAGACAACGCCAGCUCCGUCUCCGUCUGCGUAUGCCGAGCGGUCUAUGCCCUCAUCGGGGCCCCAAUUGCCGACUCCGAGUGGACCCAUGCUCGACGUUGAGAUACCCGAUAUCACGUUGGAGCGAUACAGUGUCAUGUUUAACCAAGUUUUGAUGAACAAAAGACGACAGUCUCGCGACCUCUUGACAUCCUCAUCCUCCUUGCUGGCGAGACGGCAAGCCACGCUGGAGAAGCUGGCGCCCGUUGCUGAUAAAGCGAAAGACGCAGAGUUGAGUCCGCUCCAGCCACCACCCAGCAGGGCUCCCGUGCCGCUGGUCAAGGAGUCGCCUACCUUUCAUUUGUUUCCACCAUCAUCAAGGCGAUCAAGCUCGGCGCAGGCGCAAUCGCCUCGAUCUCGUUCCAACACAUCCCCAGCGGGCCUUCCUUCCCCUGGUCUGCCGUCCGCGGGAUACAACAAUGAAUUUGCUGGCAUGACUCCUCCUGUGGCCCCAGCCUUGAGGGCGCAAACGCUUCCCCGAGCUGCGCACGAGAAUCGUUCUAUGGACAGGUUGCCCAACGCCAACAACCCGGCUCAUCGGAGGCCCCAGCCCUCCUCUCGCUUCACACGGCAGCCGGCGCCCAUCACAACGACCAACAUCACGGCAUCCACUCCCGUAUUUGACUCGCCCAGCAGUAUUGAAGAGUCCGCAGAAGCCGUGCUGAAAGCCACAUAUCAACCCAGCGCCAACGACCCCAUAUGGGAAAUGAUCUCCCCGCCCCCAUCUUCCCACGAUAGCGGCACUCAAAAGAAGAACUCGGUAUCUUCCGUCGUUUCCUCCGAGCAGCUCACCGUGGUGAAACCUAUCGUGACCGUCACAAACGAGGACGCCGAGGCCGAAAAGGCCCUGCGAGAGGCUGUGCAGGCCUCCAUUACGAGGCAGAUCAGCGUGUCGAGAGAACAGAGAUCGAUGUUGGGGUCCAUCAGGGGAGGGGCUCCCAGGGGACAACAGCGUUCAAUGCCUGUCGGCUUUGGGCCCGUAGUCACGUCUGACGGCAGUGAGCGACUGAGCGAGACAAGGAAGCUGACACCGAGGGUCGUCCAUCCUGGUGACGAAAUUACACCCAGGUCGUUCCAUACGCACCGUCGCAGCGAGCGCGUGGUAGUCGAAGGUCUGUAG